AUGGGGAGGACGCGCCCAAAAAAGCUCACCUCGAAAGCCUCAAUCCCCAUUGUCCGGGAAGAUGAGAUCGAUAUCAUCGACGAUGAGGUCCAGAAUGCCCUACAACAGGUGGAAACUGGUGUCGAGAAGGCUGAGGAGUCGGAAUUUCAUCUUCAAGCUGCUAUCAGCGCGACUGCCCAAGGAAAAGUAAACGAAGCUCACAUUCCCACACCAGAGACCGUCCUCAGUAAUCUUCGAUAUGACGAGCUCUAUCCCCCCAUCUUCUCGCAGCCGGCGACAUACAUCCGCUUCUCCUCGACUGUCGAGGACUGUUGCGGAUGCCCGUAUAACAUGACCGAAGAGGACGAUGUCUUCUUCAAGAUCAUGAACGAGAAGCGGGAGCCGUCGAACCGGAUCACAGAGGAUCAGUUCGAGGAGGUGAUGUACUUCUUCGAGGAGACGGCACAGACAAAGCAACCAUUUGCCGCUGUAGAUAGCCCUCCUGUCCUGAGCUUCGCAGAGAUGCAAGACUCGAUGGAUGCAACUGUAGAGGAGAGCGUCAAGCGUUUUGCAAAGGACAUAUAUGAGCACUGGAAGUUGCGAAGGAUUGCCACUGGGAACCGCCCACUCCUACCGAGUCUCAAGUUCGAAACUGGUCAAGAUACCGAUGAUACAGACCCGUAUGUCUGCUUUCGUAGGCGUGAAGUCCGUCAGAUUCGGAAGACCCGCGGCAGAGAUGCCCAAAGUGCCGAUAAACUGCGCAGACUCAGAAAGGAGCUGGAAGAUGCUCGACAGCUGGUUGCACUGGUGCGCCAGCGGGAGUUGGCAAGAAAGGAGAUGCUCUCGAUGGAGCGGCAGAUAUUCCUGCAGCGUUCCGAGGUGAAGGAGAUGAAGAGGAAACUCAACAUCAAAGACGAUGACGAGGAUCUCAUCAACCAGAAGGUAACGUCAAUCCCAGCACGAUUUCCUCAUGCGUUUGCUAAUUUGCCGGAGCAGCCAAAGAAGAAGCCUGCGGAGGCGCCAGCUGCACAACGGCCGACCGCUGCUCAGAUCCGGAUGCCACAGAAGCCCGGUACUCAGGCCGCGGACGACUUGCAACUGCUGGAAGAUGUCCAGGCGGAGAAAGAAAACGAGAUUCUGCGGGAUAUCAAGCAGAACAUCGCGAAGCAUAUCAAGUGGAACGAGGGCUAUGUGGAUUUCACAAGAGCGCCUCUCUCACCACCUCCAGAGAAAACCUUCCAGGCCGCAUUCCGCCCGGCAAUCACCACCCAGUUGCCAACUCCUCCUUCUUCAGAUUCGUCCGACAAUAUGAUGUUGGACUCUGCCUUAGAUACGGCCAAUUCCCUCUCCUUCCGAGAUAAGCUAGUUCCUCGUACAUGGGAGAUGAACGAGGACACCAGCAGGAUACCGUCGUUCCGGAGGCGCAUUGGGCGCGGCGGUCGGUUGAUGAUUGAUCGUCGAAACCUGGUGUCGCGGUGUAGAAUCGAGAUGGAUCCGCUGAAGGCUGAUCGAUUCAAGUAUGAUCGGGAGGAUUCGGACGAUGAGUCAGAAUUCGAAUGUGAUCCGUACGAUGUCCAGAUCAUGCAACAUCGUGCCAUAAUGGCUGCUAAAGCACGAGACCAAGCUGCUGCCGCCGCCCAAGCACAUGCGCAGGCUCAAGCGCAGAAACGGUUGCAGGCCGAACAAACCACAACCAACAAUGGACCCCCGAACAUGGGGCAGACAAUGGGAUCGAACCCCGGGCCUGGUGCCGUCGCCUCCACUUCGUGA